AUGGUCCAAUACUUAAUUCCGAUGUGCUUGCAACUAUGAAAGAGGCUUAUCCGACAUGCAAAAAUCUACUCGAAACAUGUUACAGCACUGGUACUAUUGAAGACUGCUCAAAUGCUGACAACUAUUGUUUCGAUAAUUAUUACCUUCCGUUCGCCGAAAAUUUAAAUUGUAGUAUGGAUGAUAUUAGAGCUGAAAUCGGUAGUGGGCCAUCAGAAGAUUAUCUCAAUUAUUUGUCCAAACCUGAGGUUUUGAAAGCAAUUGUGAUUAUUGACCAUUUUUUAAAUUUUAAAAUUAAUAGUCCAAGAACAUAUCUUCCUGAACUUAGUGAAAUCGUUGGUAAAGGUAUUCGUACUUUGUUGUAUCAUGGUGAUGCUGAUGCUGAUUGUGAUUGGAUUGGUGGACUGAAUGUAUCUAAUUCCAUCAAAUGGAACAAUCAAAAAAAUUUCAAUUCUGCGCCAUUCCGAGAUUUUAUAGCCAAUAAUGGAACGGCUGGUCAAAUUAAAUCUUCAAAUUGUUUAACUUAUGUAAAAAUCCAUCAAGCUGGUCAUGAAGUACCAUUUUAUCAACCACAAAAUUCACUCAUUAUGUUUACUCGUUGGAUAAAAGGAACCCUUUAA